GCGGGGCAAGUCAGUGGUAAGAUCUAGGCCUAAAGCAAAGGCUUUUUGAAAGGUCGAGAACCUUCUGAAUGGAGAGAGGUCUGGCCUUGCGUAUGCCUGAUGAGGGGGCGGAGUCAAGGGAAGAGACGUGAAGGUGUCGGGUCCAGGGGAGGGGAGCUGAAAGGUCUGGGCUUAUUGUGGGCUUCUCAGGUGGCGCUAGUGGUAAAGAACCUGCCUGCCAAUGAAGGAACUUGAAAGACACAGCUUCGAUCCAUGGGUCUGGAAGAUCGAUCCUCUGUUGGAGGGCAUAGCAACCCACUCCAGUAUUCUUGCCAGGAAAAUCCCUACAGUGCAUAGGGUCGCAAAAACUCUGAAACGACUUAGCACACACAGCACUGCGCUUAUUGCCCAAGAUGGUGGAGGGAGGGCUAGAAGAGCUUGGGGAGGGAAGAGAGAAGGAUCUUGAGCUGGUCUGAGAUGUUGGUUAGAUAUCCAGGUAGAGAUAUCAGCGUAGAAAACUAGCAAUAUGAGUCCUUGAAUUUUUUUUUUUUUAAUAUUUAUUUACGGACACCAAGAUGAGGGUGUGGUGUGAAGAAAGAAUUUCAAUGGAGCAAGGAGUCAGAUGUUUCUAAUCCUGCUGAUGGGCCAAGAUGAGGAACAGGAGGUGACUUCUGGAAUUAGCAACCCAGAGUUCCUGUCACCUUGAUGAGAAGGGCCAGCUGAGGGAUGUGGAGAAACUUGAAGGUUCAAGCAGGGAUGGGAGGAGAGAGACUGGAGAUGAUGCCUUGGGACAGUUCUUUCUAUGACGUCUCUGAAAAGGGGAGGAGAGAUUGAAUGAUAGCUGCUGGAACCUGUAGGCUCAAGAGAAGGGAUUUUGUUUGAUUUUUAAGAUGGGACAAAUCACAGCCGAUUUGUAGAUCAAUAGGCCUGGUCUAGUAGAGAGAGAAAAGUUGAUCUAGAGGAGAGAAAGGAGGGGCUUACUGGAGCACGGGGUUUGAGGAGGUCAGAGGGCAUGAGAUCUGGUGCGCAGGUCAAGGGUCUGAGCUCAGAUGAGAGUACAGCUGGGUGGUCGAAGUGCCUACAGCUGGGAUUCCGAGCGGUGCGCAGGUGCAGCAAGAGGUAGAUAAGGCGGUGGGAAAUUGCCUUUCUCGCAUUUGCUUGCGUUUUCUCGGCGGCGGCGGCGGCGGCGGGUGGAGUCGGUGUUGGCGACUAAAGAAGCCGCUUUGAAGUACAGCCUGAGAGAGCUGGAGAAUUGAACGCUCUGGGGAAAUGGAGAGGCUUGGACCGCAACCCGAAGGACUCCUGGCGGCCAGUCCCGCUCUACUCUGCGGUUGCAGGAACAGGAAACUGGUGGCCAGAGAGGAGGAGGAGGGGGGAGAGAAUUCUGAUACCAUCAUGCAGCGAAGCAUCAGGUCAUUUUUCCAGCCCAAGAAAGAGGGCAAAGUGAAGAAGCCAGAGAAGGAGACAUCCAACACCAUCAGAGAAACGGAGUCCCCUCCAAAGGUGGCACUGAAGGAGCGGAAUCGAGUGGUGUCUGACGGUGACUCUCCAGUGAAGAGGCCGGGGAGGAAGGCAACCAGGGUCCUGGGCAGCGAGGGCGAGGAGGAGGAAGAGGAAGCCCCCACCACCCCCAGAAGCCAGGAGCCUGCUUCAGACUCUCCACAGCCCUCACCUCCCAGUCCUGUCACCCUGCCUGAGAGCAGCCCUUCCCGCUCCAAGCCCUCCCCAGCGGCUGCGUCCCCAUCAGGGAUCCCGAAGCGGCGCACGGCCCGGAAGCAGCUUCCCAAACGGACAUUUCAAGAUGUCCUGAAAGAGCAGGGCGAGGACGAGGACCCAGAGACUAAGAAGAAGAAGGAGGAAGGAGAAGCAGAGACACCAACAGAAAGCCUCCCAGAGCCUGAAGGGGGCGACAAGGAGGAAGUGGGGGACCAGCCCACGACGCCCCCUGAGCCCCAGACCUCCACAGAGUCCCCGACAGAAAGCGUUUCAGAGCCCGGGGUGACGGUGAAGCAGGAACCACAGGAGGAUGGCCAGGCUCAACCGCCCCCCAAAGCUCCAAAGACCCUCAGCAGUUUCUUCUCCCCCCGGAAGCCAGCUGUCAAAAAAGAAGCGAAAGAAGAAGGACCUGGUGCUCUAAGAAAGGACGAGACCAAGGGACACCUGGACCCACCAAGCUACAAUCCUGCCAAGAACAACUACCACCCCAUCGAGGAUGCCUGCUGGAAGGCGGGCCAGAGGGUUCCUUAUCUGGCUGUGGCCCGGGCAUUCGAGAAGAUCGAGGAGGUCUCUGCUCGGCUCCGGAUGGUGGAGACGCUGAGCAACCUGCUGCGCUCCGUGGUGGCCCUGUCACCUGCUGACCUCCUACCCGUCCUCUACCUCAGCCUCAACCGCCUGGGGCCGCCCCAGCAGGGGCUGGAGCUCGGGAUCGGAGAGGGCAUCCUCCUCAAGGCAGUGGCCCAGGCCACGGGUCGGCAGCUGGAGUCCGUCCGGGCCGAGGUGGCCGAGAAGGGUGAUGUGGGGCUGGUGGCCGAGAGCAGCCGCAGCACCCAGAGGCUCGUGCUGCCCCCUCCUGCGCUCACCGCCGCCGGCGUCUUCGCCAAGUUCCGGGACAUCGCGCAGCUGGCGGGCAGCGCUUCCACCACCAAGAAGAUGGAUGUCAUCAAAGGCCUCUUUGUGGCCUGCCGUCACUCAGAGGCGCGUUUCAUUGCCAGAGCCCUGAGUGGACGGCUGCGCCUCGGGCUGGCUGAGCAGUCGGUGCUGGCGGCCCUUGCCCAGGCCGUGAGCCUCACGCCCCCCGGUCAAGAAUGCCCCCCCGCCGUGGUGGACGCCGGGAAGGGCAAGACGGCAGAAGCCAGAAAGACGUGGCUGGAGGAGCAGGGCAUGAUCCUGAAGCAGACCUUCUGUGAGGUACCUGACCUGGACCGGAUCGUCCCCGUGCUGCUGGAACACGGCCUCGAGCGGCUCCCGGAGCACUGCAGGCUGAGCCCAGGGGUUCCCCUGAAACCAAUGUUGGCCCACCCCACCCGGGGUGUCAGUGAGGUCCUGAAGCGCUUUGAGGAGGCAGCUUUCACCUGCGAAUACAAAUACGACGGGCAGAGGGCACAGAUUCACGUUCUGGAAGGCGGGGAGGUGAAGAUCUUCAGCAGGAAUCAGGAGGACAAUACUGGAAGGUACCCUGACAUCAUCAGCCGCAUCCCCAAGAUUAAACUCCCAUCAGUCACAUCCUUCAUCCUAGACACAGAAGCUGUAGCUUGGGACCGGGAAAAGAAGCAGAUCCAGCCAUUCCAAGUGCUCACCACCCGCAAACGCAAGGAGGUGGACGCAGCAGAGAUCCAGGUGCAGGUGUGUCUGUAUGCCUUCGAUCUCAUCUACCUCAACGGAGAGUCCCUGGUACGUGAGCCCCUCUCCCGACGCCGGCAGCUGCUCCGGGAGAACUUCGUAGAGACGGAGGGCGAGUUCGUCUUUGCCACCUCCCUGGACACCAAGGACACGGAGCAGAUCGCUGAGUUCCUGGAGCAGUCGGUGAAAGACUCCUGCGAGGGGCUGAUGGUGAAGACCCUGGACGUGGAUGCCACCUACGAGAUCGCCAAGAGGUCACACAAUUGGCUCAAGCUGAAGAAGGACUACCUCGAGGGUGUGGGCGACACCCUGGACCUCGUAGUGAUUGGUGCCUACCUGGGCAAGGGGAAACGGGCCGGCCGGUACGGAGGCUUCCUGCUGGCCUCGUACGAUGAGGAGAGCGAGGAGUUCCAGGCCAUCUGCAAGCUCGGAACUGGCUUCAGUGACGAGGAGCUGGAAGAGCAUCACCAGAGGCUCCAGGCCUUAGUGCUGCCCACCCCGCGCUCCUAUGUCCGGGCUGACGGUGCGGUGGCCCCUGACCACUGGCUGGACCCCAGCGACGUGUGGGAGGUGAAGUGCGCGGACCUCUCCCUGUCCCCCAUCUACCCUGCGGCCCGGGGCCUGGUGGACAGCGAGAAGGGGAUCUCCCUCCGUUUCCCCCGGUUUAUUCGUGUCCGUGAGGACAAGAAGCCAGAGCAGGCCACUACUAGUGCCCAGGUGGCCGGUCUGUACAAGAAGCAGAGUCAGAUUCAGAACCAGCAGGGUGCUGAGCCGGACUCCGAGCAGGAAGAGUUCUACUAGAGUGUCUGCUCGCCCUGGAGGCUGGGGGCACCGGGGUCGGGGGUGUGGCUGCUAGUGCUCAGCACAGCUGGUGUUGCCCUGUGCAUGUGGGCUUUGAAAGUCAGGUGUGUGUGAGGGGGUGGUUUCAGUGGGGGUCUGGGGUUCGGUCAUUUUUUCAAUAAAUAAUUAUUGAACACC